AUGGAUACCUUUCAAGAUUUAGCAAACAUGACGCUGGACGUCGAAAUCAAGACUGAGACUGCCAACACUCAGCAAUCUCAAGCUCUCGCACCUUCUCAAGGUUUCAAAAGAUCCACACUUUUCUCUCGAUUCCCCGUAGAGAUUAGGCGAAAGAUCUGGGGGUUCACUGUGGCUCCACGCUUAGUUGAGGAGAAGUUUUGUAGAAUGCCUGGGAAUGGAGAUAUCACGAAACGAUGUUUUUACAAUGUAUGGGAACCUUCAAUCCCAAGACACCUCUUUCCCAUCAACAUUGUACCAUACAAUAGCAUGCCUGCUGCGUUCUGGGCUUGCAAAGAGAGUAGGAAUGAAAUUGCUAGAUACUAUCAUAGCAUUGCAAUCGCACCCGAAGAUCGCGUGAUUGAAAGAGAUCUUCUUCUGAACAAUGUACCCUUGCCCAAAUCAUGGCAGCCUUGGCGUGUUCUACCAGAUCGAGACCAACAAUGGCUCAUCCAGCCUUGGGCUGUCAAGAGAAUCCAAAUCACGCCACGAUCGCUUCUCUCGCGAACAGAACUCGAAGCGGACGAAGAUCUAUUUUUCGAGCGAGAUGGCAAUCUCGAAGGGUAUGAAAAGAUUUUCUUUAGUUUUGUUUUCCAAGACCUCGAAGAAUUCAUUGUUCAAGAUUUCGACUGCAAGCUCUCCCACAAGCUCGAUUCGCUGGCAAAUCGAGAUGCAUGGAAGGAAAUGAUUUCGAGGAUGUUCAGAGUGGAGAGUUCUCACAAUGAAUUUGAAGUCAUGAGAGCAGGUUCUCAGUUCAAAGUCCCAAACAUCGAAAUUCGGCCUGGUGCCAAAAUUGCCAGGCCAUGCGAGGACUGCAUGACAAUUUCCAAGAUAAUCAAAGCAGAAAAGAAGGAUGCGCGAUUGCAACGGGAUCCCAACUUUGAGGACCAGUGGUGGCUCUUUCACAAAUGGUGA